GGUGUGUCCUGCGGUGUGUCCUGUGGACAGGUUGGAUGAAUCAUGUCUCUCAGUGAGCUGCAGAGACCUUCAGCUCCUCACAGCUCUGUGGAGAGGUUCAGUUUGACCGUCCUGCCUCCUGCCGUCCAUCGAUUCUUCUUCAGCCAAUCAGGAGAGUCUCAGGUGUCUCACCUGGUCUUCAGGGCGCUCUUUGGAGCGGUGAGCGGUGCAGUUCUCUUCAUGGGAGUCUCUCACAGCCUCCCGCUGACCUUUGACCUGAAGCUGACAGCAGCCAUUUUCUUUAUCGCUGUGUGUACGGUGGGUGGAGCUUUGUCCUCCUCCUCCAGGUGUUCGGUCCUCCUGAUGUUUCCCAGCAUGCUCGGCUCCCGCGGUCGAACAUACGUGAUGCUGUUCAGCCUGUCGGUGCUCUACAGAGGUCCAGUUUUUAACAUCCAGCGUAACGUGGAGACAGCUGCUCUGUCUCUGAGCUGUAAUCUGGAUCUGCAGGUUCAUCACAGCAAGUUACUGUGGAGAGACGCCAUCAGACCGUUUCUGCUCAUCACACAGGAGCUCAUGGAUGAUGAAGCAGAGUUUCAGUUGGAGGCUCGGAGCGUCAGCAGGAAGUUUCAGAACAUCAGAGACGAGGUCGUCCUUCAGUACGGAUACGACAAAUUCAAACCAAAACAAACAGUCGCCACCGGCAACAGCACACAGGAGCAGUUCACCUCCAAGACCAUGAUGCAGUGUGAUGGUGUGGUGGACGAGGGCGUGCAGCGUUGUGUUGAUUGGUUCGGCAAGAAGUGGGAGGAGUGUUUGGAGGCGAUCCCUGUCCCCGUCAUCAACCACCUCCUCUGCGUCUCCAUGAAGUUCCACUUUGUUUGUGACAUCCUGAGAGUGAUGACGCCGUGGUGCAGAGAGCAGAUCCCCGUGGAGGGAAACUUCGGUCAGCUGUUUGAUCAGCUGAACGUUUCAGUGGACCUGCUGUCCCGAGAGUUCAGCACCGAAGUCGUCCUGCAGGUCACUGCGCAGCAGCAGGAGGUGCUGGGUGGAGCUGUGCUGGAUCAGGAGUUCACUGAAGCUGUUCGAGGAUCCUUCCAGACACUGAAGGCGAACAUGGAGCAGCUGCUGAACGUCCUGCAGCUGCUGCUCUCCUUCACCUUCAUCACCAUCUUCACCCAGGCGUUUGGUUACCUCAGACAGUACAGGAGGGACGUUCGAUUCGACAACGUCUACAUCACCACCUACUUCAGACAGAUUGACUCCCGCAGGAAGCAAGUGGGGAAACGCUGCCUGCUGCCUCUGGAAAAAUCAGAGAAGAAGAACUUCAUCGACCCCUGGAGUCCAAAGAUCCACCCCAUAGAGCUCCAAGAAGUGACCUCGGGUGUGUUUCAGGUGCUGUCGGUCUUUUUGCUGUCAGUCGUCCUGAUGACCGUCGACUUCUCUCUGUUCCACGUAUUGGACGUUAUCAGCAGACACACCUUCACCCAGUUCAACCUGACCAGUCGUCACGAUGUGGACAUCAGUGUGGGCGGAGCCUCCAUGAUGGCCCGCCUGCUGAGGAAGACCGUUUCGGCCUUCAACAGUUCGUCCAGCUUCAGCAUUCACACCGACAACCAGGGUGUGUACAUCAGCUGUGUGUGUUGUGUCCUGUUGGUGGCGCUCUUCAGCUGCCUUCAGGUUUACACCAACCGCCUCCGCCGAGUCAUCGCUGCUUUCUACCACCCACAGAGGGAGAAGAGGCGCAUCUUGUUUCUCUACAACCUGCAGAUUCAGAGACGGAUAUCUUCUUCGCAAAGAAAACGCAUCGUCAGCUGA